AACUUUUGUUGCGCUCUGUUGUGGCCUUGAGGGCAUGGAUAUGUCAAUGUAGGUGUAGGAGGACACUGCUUAUAUCGCAAGCGGUCGUUUUCCAGCGAGAGAGCUGCAACUGCACUGCGCGAAUUCAAGUAAUCAGUCUGGGCUCUCAGGAGACAUGGCGCACACACCAACACUCUGCGCGCUGUUGAUAACCGCCGCGACAGCGUUGUACCACGGAGCACCACAACGCAGUAGUACACGAAGGCGCGCGGCCGCGGUCGAAGACAUCGAUCCGUUCGCGGUGCUGGGCCUCGACGCCGGCGCUCUCGCGGUGCUGGACACUGCGGCCCGUGCCAAAGAGGUACGACGGGCGUACCGCAAGGCCGCGCUCGACAGCCAUCCGGACACGUCCGCGCUGGACCGCGCCGACCGGUUCUCGCUCGUGCAGCGGGCGGCAGACCUGCUGCGACAGGACGACGUGCUGGACCGCCUCGUGGCCGGGGGCGCCGCCGGCGCACGGAAAGCUCAGGAUGACAAGCUAUCGCGGCUCUGGCGCGACGAGGUCCGCGAGUGGAGCGUCGAGCGGCUGUCGGAGCACCUCCGGGCGAAGGGCCUCUCCGACGACGUUAUUGACGCAUUCGCGGAGGAGGAGGUUGACGGUCGGGAGGUCGUGGGUCUCGAGAUGUGGGGCGGCGCGGACACGGACGGCUACAUCUGGUCGUUGCGCUGGCUUGGCACGGAGGAAGAGGCCGUCGCGGCGCGCACCGAGGAGGUCCUCCGCGACCUCAUUCGACGGGACGUCAGCAGCAACUUUAAGCACGACGCCUGGGCGCAGCAGGCGAACGCGCAAGGGGGGAACUGGAAAGUCUAAAUGUAA